AUGGCCCCAGGCCCAAGAGGUCACCUUGCACUCAACCUCUACAGGCCCAAGAGGUCACCUUGCACUCAACCUUCACAGGCCCAAGAGGUACAGGCCCAAGAGGUCACCUUGCACUCAACCUCACCUUGCACUCAACCUCUACAGGCCCAAGAGGUCACCUUGCACUCAACCUCCACAGGCCCAAGAGGCCACCUUGCACUCAACCUCCACAGGCCCAAGAGGUCACAGGCCCAAGAGGUCACCUUGCACUCAACCUCUACAGGCCCAAGAGGUCACCUUGCACUCAACCUCCACAGGCCCAAGAGGUCACCUUGCACUCAACCUCUACAGGCCCAAGAGGUCACCUUGCACUCAACCUCCACAGGUCCAAGAAUGUUUCCUCGCCCAGCUUCCGUGGGGUUCCAACGCUCCCAACUCCCACAACCUCAAAACUACAAGUCCUUAUUAUUUCCAGUUUUACCGCAAGACUUAAAAAUGUUCCUUGGAGAAGCCGGAUGGGUCUUGCCAGGGUGUUACUUGGUGUCGUCCUUAAGUGUGUUGUGUCACCUGGGUCACAAGGACGUGCUGCCUACCGUACCUCCUGCACGUGGAGUGUCCCAACUAGCCCUAAGCCACCUGUACUCCAUCCUACCUCCGUCCAUCUACACCUUCCCUACACAUAAGGAUAGUCACUACCUGCCCGUCCCCACCAUCUCUCACGUGUGCUCAAGACCAAGACCCUCUGGCCUAGAGGCUCUAGGCAUAAAAACUUAUGAUCAUGUUAUUUAUGUGACGCCCGCACCUCACACCGCCCGCACCGCACACCGCCCGCACCGCACACCGCCCGCACCUCACACCGCCCGCACCGCACACCGCCCGCACCGCACACCGCCCGCACCUCACACCGCCCGCACCUCACACCGCCCGCACCGCACACCGCCCGCACCUCACACCGCCCGCACCGCACACCGCCCGCACCGCACACCGCCCGCACCUCACACCGCCCGCACCUCACACCGCCCGCACCUCACACCGCCCGCACCGCACACCGCCCGCACCUCACACCGCCCGCACCGCACACCGCCCGCACCUCACACCGCCCGCACCUCACACCGCCCGCACCGCACACCGCCCGCACCUCACACCGCCCGCACCUCACACCGCCCGCACCGCACACCGCCCGCACCUCACACCGCCCACCGCACCGCCCGCACGCACACCGCCCGCACCGCACACCGCCCGCACCUCACACCGCCCGCACCGCACACCGCCCGCACCUCACACCGCCCGCACCUCACACCGCCCGCACCGCACACCGCUCGCACCUCACACCGCCCGCACCGCACACCGCCCGCACCUCACACCGCCCGCACCGCACACCGCCCGCACCUCACACCGCCCGCACCUCACACCGCCCGCACACGCACACCGCCCGCACCUCACACCGCCCGCACCGCACACCGCCCGCACCUCACACCGCCCGCACCUCACACCGCCCGCACCUCACACCGCCCGCACCUCACACCGCCCGCACCGCACACCGCCCGCACCGCACACCGCCCGCACCUCACACCGCCCGCACCUCACACCGCCCGCACCGCACACCGCCCGCACCUCACACCGCCCGCACCUCACACCGCCCGCACCUCACACCGCCCGCACCCGCACACCGCCCGCACCGCACACCGCCCGCACCUCACACCGCCCGCACCGCACACCGCCCGCACCUCACACCGCCCGCACCUCACACCGCCCGCACCUCACACCGCCCGCACCUCACACCGCCCGCACCUCACACCGCCCGCACCUCACACCGCCCGCACCUCACACCGCCCGCACCUCACACCGCCCGCACCUCACACCGCCCACCGCCCGCACCUCACACCGCCCGCACCUCACACCGCCCGCACCUCACACCGCCCGCACCUCACACCGCCCACCUCACACCGCCCGCACCUCACACCGCCCGCACCUCACACCGCCCGCACCUCACACCGCCCGCACCUCACACCGCCCGCACCUCACACCGCCCGCACCUCACACCGCCCGCACCUCACACCGCCCGCACCUCACACCGCCCGCACCUCACACCGCCCGCACCUCACACCGCCCGCACCUCACACCGCCCGCACCUCACACCGCCCGCACCGCACACCGCCCGCACCUCACACCGCCCGCACCUCACACCGCCCGCACCGUCACACCGCACACCGCCCGCACCGCACACCGCCCGCACCUCACACCGCCCGCACCUCACACCGCCCGCACCUCCCGCACACCGCCCGCACCUCACACCGCACCCGCACCUCACACCGCCCGCACCUCACACCGCCCGCACCUCACACCGCCCGCACCUCACCUCACACGCCCGCACCUCACACCGCCCGCACCUCACCGUCUAGUGAAACAACUCAAGGAGAAGAUGUCGGUAGUCUGGUCGUGUUCGAGAGAGACCUCCGGGGAACACAACUCUCCUGGCCAGAAUCUCCUAAGGAUCUGCCCAUGAUCGCAUGGCAGAG